AUGACAUGCAACAAUGCUGGCUGUCCUAGAUGGGUAUUUGUGCUCUAUCUCAUAAUUCAAGGCAAGCUUUAUACUAGGGAUAGAUUGCUAAAAUGGGGCAUGAUCAACGACCAAACCUGUCCAAUAUGCGAAGCUACGGAGGAAUCAAUUCAGCACCUCUUCUUUGAAUGUCCUACCUCUUCUUAUAUCUGGUGUAAAAUUCUUAAAUGGCAAGGAUAUACUAGACAGGCAAUGAGCUGGCAUAAUGAGCUGCAAUGGGCUGUGAACUUUGCUGCAAACAAGGGCUCUAAGGCAGAGGUAUAUAGGAUGGCGUUGGCAGCCACAGUCUACUACAUUUGGCAGCUCAGAAAUAACAAAGUCUUUCAGAAUCCAUCCAGGACUGGUGAUCAAGUUGUGAGGCUAAUUAUACAGGAUGUUCUCUGUCGAGCAAAUACCUUUCAUAGGCUGGCUAGAAUGAUGGUCACUCUCAAUUUUUAUCCCUAG